UAAAAGCAUAGACAAGCUCAGCAUCGUCUUCUACUCCCGUUCCUCGAUCUUCCUUGCGAGUUUUAGGGUUUGGAUUGGGGGAGAUCCGAGAGGAAGGAGGUGGGAUCUAGGGGUUGUUGGAUCGAAGAGGAUGCAGAGGAGCAGUAGGCAUUUGGAUCGGUGUGGGACGAUGACGAGGGAGAAGCGAGGGCUUGACCCUGCUGAUGGGGAGGCCAUCCACCCUGAGCCCAAGCGCCCUAAGGUUCCCGCUCUUGCUAGCGUGAUUGUGGAAGCACUCAAGGUUGAUAGCCUGCAGAAACUUUGUUCAUCAUUGGAGCCUGUCCUUCGGAGAGUUGUCAGUGAAGAAGUGGAACGUGCUUUGGCAAAAUUGGGACCCGCAAAACUGCCGGGAAGAUCUUCACCGAAACAAAUAGAAGGACCUGAUGGAAGAAACCUGCAGUUGCAGUUCAAGUCAAGAUUAUCACAACCACUUUUCACUGGAGGAAAAGUUGAAGGGGAGCAGGGUGCUGCAAUACAUGUUGUAUUACUUGACACCAGCUCUGGUCGUGUCAUAACCACAGGACCUGAGUCAUCUGCAAAACUUGAUGUUGUUGUCCUUGAGGGUGAUUUCAACAAUGAAGAUGAUGAUGACUGGACUGAAGAAGAAUUUGAAAGUCAUGUAGUCAAAGAACGGGAAGGAAAGAGGCCACUUUUGACAGGAGACUUACAGAUAUCCUUGAAAGAAGGGGUAGGAACCCUAGGGGAGCUUACCUUCACUGACAACAGUAGCUGGAUAAGAAGUAGGAAAUUUAGGCUUGGUUUGAAAAUUGCAUCAGGCUUCUGUGAGAGUAUUCGUGUUCGAGAGGCUAAAACAGAAGCAUUUAUGGUUAAGGAUCACAGAGGGGAAUUAUACAAGAAACACUUUCCACCUGCCUUGAAAGAUGAGGUAUGGCGAUUGGAGAAGAUCGGCAAGGAUGGUUCAUUUCACAAGAGGUUGAAUAAGGCUGGAAUCCACACAGUAGAAGAUUUUCUCCGUAUUGUUGUCAGGGAUCCUCAAAGGCUGCGGAAAAUUCUGGGUAGCAGCAUGUCGAAUAAGAUGUGGGAGGUUCUUGUGGACCAUGCUAAGACUUGUGUUUUGAGCGGAAAGCAUUAUGUGUAUUAUGCUGAUAAUACGAGAAGUGUGGGGGCAAUUUUUAACAACAUAUAUGAGUUCACAGGGUUAAUUGCUGGCGGACAAUAUUACUCAGCCGAAUCUCUUGCGGACGGCCAAAAGGUCUUUGCUGAUUCAUUGGUGAAGAGGGCCUAUGAUGAUUGGAUGCAGGUUAUUGAGUAUGAUGGCAAGGUUCUCUUGAACUUCAAGGAGAAGAAGAAGGCCACUGCUUCUCCAAAGGAAUCAUUGUCAGGUCAAGCAAAUUAUCCCACUUCAUAUGAUCAGCAAGUCUAUCGACAGCUCCCUGCCAUCACAGCUGUUGAUCAACCAACUGUUGAUGCAGGAGUUCUCGGAGGAGUCUCCACCGAAUACAAUGGGAAUCAAUUAAUCAAAUACUCCACCCAUAACCAGCACAUGCCAUCCAAUGGACACACACAAUUUGAAAUCACUUCACUUGCUCCACAAAACCAGUUAGUCAGCUCAUCUCCCCAAACUCAAACUAAUAAAAUCAACAGCAUGGGACUGGUGUUGGGACCUCCACCGCAGACAACCAUAGAGUUCCAGGCCCUGAAUCCACCUGUCCUAUCAACAAACUUAAAUUCAAACGAGGACUGGACCCCUCAUCAACGGGACAACCAGGCCGUCGAUGAUUUUUUCUCUGAGGAAGAGAUCCGCAUGAGAAGUCAUGAAAUUCUUGAAAAUGAAGAUAUGCAGCAUUUGCUUCGUGUCUUCAGCAUGGGUGGAGCUUCAGUUAUACAUGAGGAUGGAUUGGGCUAUUCAUCUUAUUCUCCUUUCCCGAACUUCAACUUUGAUGAGGAUCGGUCCCGGUCCUCUGGUCGGGCUUGUGCUGGAUGGCUUAAAAUCAAAGCAGCUAUGAGAUGGGGCAUUUUUAUCAGGAAGAAAGCUGCAGAAAGGAGAGCUCAACUUGUUGAGAUCGAUGAUUAGUUACGUUCAUCAGUUGUUAUCUGACUUCCUGGCACAAUUUACAGAUUAUAGUGUCAGCAAUAAUCAUCAAACAAGAGAAUACAAGUUGAUCAGAAGUCUAAUCUACUUGUAUACAGUGCAUAUCUGUAUAGUAAGUUAUGCUGUUGUUUUGACAUUUAUAUUUUGUUAAUGCACACAUCCUUCCUUGAAGACCGGCUAUACAUCGACGAAACAAUCUUAGUUUUGGAGGAUGAUUUAUGCUAAAUCACUAGGAUGUAAAGAUGUCUAAGACUUUUUAGAUGUUUUUGGCGUAGUGUAUUAAAACCACUUGAAUUCUGAUGAUGCUACUAUCAAUUACUUAAUUUGUGGUGUUUA